AUGGAGUCUCAGAGUUCUGUACGGCGUUCUCUCUUGAUCUCGACGGAGGAUCGGUUUACUCAAUACAGUUUGUUACUAUUCAAGUUGAUCGAACGCAUUAAGACUCACGCGAUAGAGUUAUCACGGAAAUUGUUUCUAAGUGAUAAAGACUUUGAGAUAACGAAAGGCUUAGUGGAGUGUAUGACGAAGAUUGAAAGUCCAUUUUUCGAAGGGAUCUUAAACUAUCAAACGGGCUUUGAUGAAACGACGAAUGAAGAAACAAUUCUCAUCACCUGUGAGAUCGAUCGCCUUGUUUUGGACUACUUUAACUCGGCGAUCUCGAUCGACGCCGUUCGCUAUUUUUCUUCAGAUAUCCAAACACUGUUGGACACGGUACUUGCACUGCGAAAGAGUUUAUCGGACAACUUGAAAACACCAAUCCUUUUCUUAUUCACCGAGAUGUCCGUGAGUAUUCAAAGUGACCCGUCGUCGCCUAUCCCACAGUUGAAAUUGUCUGUUCUUGGAUUUAUAUUACCUUAUGUCAUCGAUUCGAUGAAACAUUUGGAUGGGAUUAGUCCAUAUAUCCCGCCCGAUCUUCAAAAUAAGACGGUAACUAAAAAAGAUGUCACCAAACUGGAAGUUCCCUCCUUUUUAGUCUUAUUACACAAAUUACUCUUUCAGAAGAAUCCCGCAGUGAAUUAUAAACAGAUGACUUCUAUGGCGUUUGGGGACAUCACAACAGACGUCGCACCGCCUAUCCAAUUCUUACAGAAACUCUUUAAGAAAAAGCCCUCUUUUCCAAAGAUCCUCGAGAUGAUGCGAAAGAACGACUUCUUCAAGCAGUGUUGGCAGUUCAAAUACAUUCAGCCGAUACCCAUCGAGUCGAUGUUUAGUGUGUUUGAUAUGUCAUCGGUGAAGAUCUUAGGGAAAGGCGCUUUUGGGUGUGUCUUUUCAGCGUCUCACGUUGGGAACUAUUAUGCUAUUAAAGAGCUUUCUCUCGCAGACGUUGCACUGAAAGAGGUCCGUACUAUGGUGUUAUGUCAUCACCCCAACAUCGUGACGCUCUUCCAAUUCUACACAUCAAAAAUGUCUGUUCGUUCGUUAUUUAAUACAUUAGAGCCUUUAAAGAGUGAGUUGUAUUAUUAUGUAGUGAUGGAGUGUUCUGCAUAUGGCUCGCUCUAUAACUUCAUGUCGAUGAAUAAGAGCGGAGUCUCGUUAGAGUACAUCCAACAGUUCAUGAACGAUAUAAAUAGCGCUAUGGAAUAUCUCAUCUUCACACGACAAAUCAUCCAUCGCGAUUUAAAGACACAAAAUGUUUUGGUCUUCCAAGACCAAACAAAAAAGAUCGGGUUAACUCUCAAAUUGUGCGACUUCGGGUCAAGCAGACUCAUCGGAGAUAACAUCUUCGACACCUUCUUCGUGGGGACAGGACAUACUAAUCAACCGGAAAUUUCUCAUGGCAAAAUAUAUAACGAAAAGUGCGACUUAUUCUCCAUCGGUGUCAUGCUCUAUGAAAUGAUUACGGGGAUCAUGCUUAAUGUGAAGAAAGACCCUUCGGUUCCUAUCCAAAAUUAUUACACAUUUUAUCAACAGAAGUUGCUCGAGUUGAUGAACAACAGAUCAAACUUCGUCGCUGGUAAACAACAGAAUUUCGAGAUCCUCGUAGACUUGAUGCGUGGACUCUUCGUCGACCAAACUCAGCGCCCAACUUGGGAACAGUACCUUCAACACCCUUUUUUCAAAAUAAUAUUUGUUUAG